CACGAAAGCUUUAAAUCUAGAAUAACUGAAAUAGUUAAUCGGAUGUGUACUGGAUUCGGAAUGAGAUUGAUAGGAUGAGAAGGAAGGAUGAUGACUAUUUUCUGCUGUAGACUUUGGUGUAGGAUCAGCGCUAAACAUGCAUAAUGAUGAGGUUAAUCAAUGUAAGUUAUCUUUACAUUCUAACUAUAUUAGGUAUGAUAUGUUGUUAAUCAAAAUUGGUAAGUUCUCAGAAUGAAAUCGAGCCUAUUCUGCAAUUAACCGUCAAUGACAAAAUGACCCAACAAUGGACCAAAUCUCAUCAGAUCUCAGAACCUAACAGACUUGAGCCUGGACAGUGCUUCUUGGAUGGGUCACCACUGGCCUGCACAGCGUGGGAAGGCCAUAAUCCAGCAGUACAUGUGAAGUAAUUUACACUGGUAGUGAACUGACAUAACUAAUCUCGGAUGUUUUUAAAUUUGUGUUUCUCAGGUUCGUCAGGUUUGUACAGCAAUGGAAACAUAGUGAUUAAGACGGGCCUAGCGAAUGUGGCGGCCGUGUUCUCCUCGGGCAUCUCUGUGAACGUGUCGGGGACUUCAGGAGCCCUCAACUUCAUCACGCUACUGCCCGAGCGCUUUGCAUCUGCUAACACGCAGGGCCUGCUGGGUGUUUUCAACAAUAAUCCAAAAGAUGAUUUCACAUUCAAGAAUGGAACUGUGCUGUCAUUUAAUGGAGCAGAUGUGCCUGCGGAGGCUAAAUUGUAUGAUUUUGCAACUACAUGGAAAACUGCAGCUAAUGAAAGUCUGUUCACCUAUAACACCAGUGCUGGGGAAAGCUGGGACACUUUUAACAACAACAGCUUCAUGCCGGUGUUUUAUGAAGACCUCAUUAAUCAGACAUCUCCAGAACAACUGGCCAGUGUUAAUGUUUCCUGCGGAGGCCAGAAGGACUGCAUAUUUGACGUUCUGAGUACGGGGAACACCAACUUUGGACUGGCCACACAGGACAGCUCUGGAGUCUACAGAUCCUUGGGCAAAGUGCUACAAAAUUUCCCUCCAAAUAUAACGAGCAGUGGCCAAAUUAGUGGCAGUGUUGGUGAAACAGUGUGGGUAAAUAUCAACGCGGUGGACGUCAACAAUGACAUAAUUGAGUUCUCACUUGUAACCAAUUCUUCGAACAUCAACAUUUCAGCCGAUGGGAAUUUGACGUGGAGCCCCAGAAGCUCGGAGCCAGUGUUUGGCGUGGUGAGCGCCAGCGACGGCAAGGCCUCCUCUGUGCUGCUGCUCACCCUCACUCUCUGCAACUGCAGUGCAAACUCCACGUGCGUCUACAACCAGACGACCCUGAGCCUCAACGGCAGUGACGGAUCCACUUUCCAGGUCAGCUAGGCAGUUCAUCAUGUUGUUAUGAUUUUGGAUUUCUAUUUGAUUUGAUAUUGUUAUUAUAUUGUAGAACAUUGUGCUGUAUUAUAGCUAGCACCUACAGUGACCACAGGGAUCACCUAAUUACAUACAAAGUUUACAAAUGGAAAAUAAUUAAUAGAUACCCACCC